CUUUCCAGCCGGAGCGAGUUUGGUGAGCGCUGUGUUUCCGGGGACAUGGCGGCGCUGGUGGCUUCACGUGGAGACUCCGAGGCCGAGGCGGCGGUGAGCGACUCUGAUGGUGAUCUUCCAGGUAGUAGCGUUUCUCCAGGUGAAGAUGGGGAAAGUGAUGUUGCAGAGGAGAAUGCUGACAAGAAUCCAGAAAAUCCCACUGCUGGGUGGGCAGAUGCGAUGGCUAAAAUUCUGAAUAAGAAGACACCUUUGAACAGACCCACAAUACUCGCUAAAAAUAAAGAAAAAGAAAAGGAGAAAGAAAAACUAAAACAGGAACGAUUGGAAAAGAAAAAGCAGUUAGAUGAAAGGAGAGAGUGGGAGCAGCUGUGCCGAGUGAAACCUGAUGUCAUUAAAGACAGAGAAAAUGAGAAGAUGCUCCAGAGAUUAGCAACCAGGGGUGUCGUGCAGCUGUUCAAUGCAGUGCGAAAGCAUCAGGGCAAUGUGGAUGAAAAAGUUAAAGAAGCAGGUAGAUCUGAUUUGAAGCGUGCUAAGCUGAUGUCAACAGUGUCAAAGAAAGAUUUUAUCAAUGUCCUCCGUGGAUCAGAAGAUCAGAAAGUGAAAGGGACUUCGGUAGUAAAGGCAGCCAUCAGUAGUAAACAGGUUCAAAUUAAGUCAGAAGAUGAUCCAGCAUGGAACAUAUUACGCGAUGACUUCAUGAUGGGAGCCACCAUGAAAGACUGGGAUAAGGAGAGCGAUGAGGAACAGAAGGCUGCUGCAGCAGGCGCGGAAAGUGAAAGUGACUCUGACCGAUGAUGGCUCAGCACAGCAGAGCUUUGUAGUUAGACAAUUUCAAAACUGUUGCUCAUUCCAUGAAUGUGUACUUUUAGCUGUGAGGAAUAUAACUUUGUUUUACUUUGUGAAAAAAAAUACGCAUUCUGGUUCCUUUUUUGUUGUUGGGAGAGAGACCCGUGCUUGAUAAGUCCAAUAGAUUCAGAAGGUAAAUGUGUCUAUUGUAUUUGGUCCUGUGAAAAACUUAAUAACAUUGCAAGGAGACAAGGGAUUUCAUGAAAAAUGUUAUUGCUUCUAGAAAUAGAGAUUCCACCUGGAGUGAGUGGCACACAACAGAAGCACCAGUCCAAACAAAGUUUGUAUAAUUUUACAAUACAGUGCAAUAUCUGACUUCCCCAUGCAAUGGCAGAGGUGAUCCAGGUAUAAUUUUUCUGGUGCCAAAAAAACAGUGAUUUUUCUUAAACACUGAAUACAUGAAUACAUUUCUUCAUAUACAUUUUUAUAGGGGACUGAUAAUAAAGGGUGAACAUAUCAAAACUGACAUGACGAUUUCUUAUUUUAAAAGACUUUAUAUGCGCUCCAGAAUGUACUUUUAUGCGAGAUGGAGAGAGAUUGAACUUAAAUGUGUCUUGGGUUCUUGUGGGAAUCCUCGGUGCUGAGGAAGCCAACUUUGGUCGGUUGUCAGGCUGAGGGGAAACGCUGACUUGAGAGUCCAAAAUUUGCUUUGUGUGACCUGUGUUUGUUCCCAGAACAAGUUACUUUUUGAAGGGAGAAUUCCAGUGGUAGCCUGCCAUUUCAAUCACUUUUAUUUCAGCCCCUCCAGCUAUAUUGCAAAGUGUCUGUUAGUUUGAAAACUAAACUAUUUAUCCCAAUGAAUGUUUUCAUUUUGUGAGUCACGUAAGGUGACUAUUUCUCAAACGAUCAAGACUUGCGUAUCACCGAAGUAUUCCAAUCGCACCAUCCUGCUGACCAGUGGCUCCUACUGUAGAAAGUGCGGAGUCUUCUGGGUCCUAGAGCCCUUUGAGUUAUUUUGAUUCUCUUCUUAAAAAAAGUUGAAUAUAAAAUCUACACAGCAAGGCAAGAGGAUGUUCACCACUCAAUAGUUUUGAUGGUGACCCAGUGAGGGGUGGAAGAAGCCAAUAGAGAGGUUCUUUGUGCAAUAACCCAAAGCAUUAAAAUAAGAACAUCAGCUAUUUGUAAGAAUUGUAAUCUCGAGCUGCAAGUAGAAUGUGCAAUAAAUUAUUGUUACAAUUACUGAUUGCAUUGAGCUGAUGUGGAAGCCUGCAGCCAGUUCCUCAAUGGGCAAAA